CAGCUGUCUUCAGAACUUUAAAAGAGGACAAUUCUGAGGUUCCCCGUCUCCCUGAUCCAAAUGUAGUCUUCCCCCCAACACCUCGUCAUCGCUGUGCUCUGGAACGCCCCAAAACCUUGGAUAUUUUGGCUCGGCCUCGGCCUUCACCGCGAGCUCGUGGYGAUGUCUUCUGGGCCAAAGCCAAGCCCAGGGGGAAUGGACUGGGCCUGGGGAAUGGUGAGUCCCCCAGCCACACUUCCAGCACAGAGACUCCCCCCACCGUAGAGUUUGGAAGAGACUCGGCAGUGCUGCCCACCCCCAUGGAGGCUCCUACGCCCUUCUCCCCCCAUAGAUGUGAAAACCUGUUGGAUCAGUUGGACGAGGGACAGUGUCAGGAUGGGACGGUYCCGCUCUGUAGAACAAAGACCAGCCUUCAUAAAGACUCAUCUUAUAAACCUGGUUUCUGGUCCUGAUUCAGUCCAACCCUUCAGUGUCCCAGUCCACAGGCAGAACUUUUCCUGCUGUUCAGCAACAGACUGUCAGAACUCUGCUCUAACAUUUGAACAGAACUGAAGUAAAUCUGAACCUUUUCCUGUCUUCAAAAACAAACUUUUUAAAAUGUGUUUCUGAUUUGGCAUCAAAAUCAGAAUUCAAGGCCAAGCAUUUCUUGAAGGGAUGUAUAUCGCCUGCCGCCUUUCUCACCAGAGUUUUAGACUGAAAUCAUCUUACAAUAAGAGAGAACACAGCUGUUGUCAUUUUGGUCAAAGGUUGAAAAUAAGGGUUAGGCACAAUCUCAUGCUUAUGUGCAAGAGGUCUCACAUGAUCUGUUAGGUCUCAGAGCAUGGGUUGGGACUAACUGUCAUCUAGGUCCAAAUAUCUAGAUUUUUUUCUAAUUUCCAGCCAUUUAUUUUAAAUUUAAAUUUUAAGGUCACCUUGGUGAAGUUGGUGGUCUAGAAUCAGGAUGACUCUAAAACGUAAUUAGUUGUAGGUCUACGUCCACCAAUUACUUGCUGCAGGUUUUGUUAAAAUUAGUCCAGAAGUUAAUAUUUGAAAAUUUCUUCUUGGAUCAAUAAAUUAGAAAUCUAUCUAUGAGAUAUUUUGCUAACAGACAGGCACAUGAUUACAUGCACGGGUCAGGCAAAAAUAUAACUGUCCAUUUUUGCAUUUUGGUGGCAAGCGAUAAAAACAUUCCAAGGAAUUUACAAAGAUUUAUUUAUUUAUUUAUUUAUUUAUUUAUUUAUUUAUUUAUUCAUUUAUUCAUUCAUUCAUUCAGUCCUACCCACUGACUGUUACUGCACUAUUUGAAAGCCAAAAUAGUUGUCAAAAUAUGCAAUUUUUGCUAAUAUGCAAGWUUUUUUGGUUUGAUUUUUUUUAUGCUUCUAACAGUUUCAACAUCAUUAAAUGAUUGAAGGUGAAUGUAA